AUGGCGUUAGGGAAACGCAGUCAGCUCGCUGAUGGGACCGACGAAUCUUUGGAUGUUCUUCCGACUGAACCAAAACAACAAUAUCGCCGAUCGGACUUUGAUAGUCUCAUUCCCAUGAUCAACAUUCAGUCUGAACGCCAUGGCUGCAAAUUAAUGCAUGGCUAUCAGAAAUUACGAGAAGAUAGACAUCUUUUUGACUACACAAUUCACGUGGAAAAUGAAAGCAUUCCUGUGCACAAAACAUUGCUGGCUGCCAGCAGCGACUAUUUUAAUGCCAUGUUGACGGGCAGCAUGAGAGAGAGCCGUGAAAAUUCUGUUACAUUACUUGGCUUAACUUCCAUUGGGGUUCAUGCCGUUAUUAAUUUUGCCUAUACAGGCUUGUUGGAAAUAACUAGUGAAACCAUUGAUGACAUUUUGCUGGCGGCUAGUCAUUUACAGGUGAUCGAUUCAGUUGAAUUGUGCACAGAAUAUUUGGUCCAGUCUAUCAACUUGGACAGUUGCGUUGAUGUCCUUAUUCUUGCCGAUGUCUAUUCUCUGAUGAAAGCUCAGGAAAAGUCUCGGGACUUCAUACGAGAAAACUUUGAGAAAAUCGUCAGCACUGAGAAGUACUACCAGCUGACACAUUGCCAGUUGGCAUUCCUUUUGGCUGGAGAUAACCUGCGUGUUACCUCUGAGUAUCAAUUGGUGAUGUUUGUUCUUGAUUGGGUAAAUUUUGAUGAAAAAGUACGCAAACAGUACCUUCCGCAAUUGCUUGAAAACAUUCGCCUACCGCUGCUGCGACUGGAUGAGCUCGAUAAACUGGCACGUCUUCCAGUCAUGCGCAACAUCUCUGGCUGCAGUCGACUUUUCCGUGAAGCUCAGGACUACAAUCGGGACAUAAGUAAACAACCUAUGUACCAGACAAAACGUACCCAGGUACGUUCAGAGAAAGUCAGCUUAGUUUUGUGCCAUGGCGAGUCUCCCAAAAGCUACACCUUUAAAACCGAAAAGUUCACAGCACUGCGUAAUCCACUGAUACCAAUGUAUAAUCCAGGAGUUAUUGUAGUUGAUAAUUUCAUGUAUGUUUGCGGAGGGACAUGUAACAAUGAUCACAAUUUUAAUGCAUCUCCCCGUUGUUUCCGCUUUGAUCCCCGCUUCGAUACCUGGACAGAGUUUACCAGACUUAUGGAGGCACGAAAGGACUUUGUUAUGGUCGCCGUGAACAAGGUCCUCUUUGCAAUUGGAGGCAAAGAUAAAAACAACAUUUCCUGCACAAUGGAAAGCUACACAGUUGAGACAAAUCAGUGGACUUGGAGGGCUCCUAUGAACAUUGCCGUCUAUGGGCACGCAGGAGAUGCAUGUAGAGGCAAGAUUUAUGUCUGUGGGGGCCAGACAAUAACUGGUUGUGUUAAUAACUUCCUCUGCUAUGACCCUGCAACUAAUUCAUGGGAAGACAGGUCACGGAUGCUGCGGCCACGCUGUAACCACAUCUUGGCAUGUGUCAAGGAUAAAUUCUAUGCCAUUGGUGGCAACGUGGAAGAUAGUCAUGGCCUGGCCAGUCCCAUCGACCUCAUUGAAUCCUACGACCCCAACACUGACCAGUGGACCACAAUGGAGGUCACCAUUAGUAUUCGUAAAGCAGGGUCAUUUGUGCGGGACAACAAAAUCUACAUCACAGGCGGGCUCAAAGAACAACGGCUUCUAGAAAUCAUUCAAGAGUAUGACCCUGACAAAAACACGUUGAAGACGUCGCACACUUUUCCGUUUGUCAUUUUAGGGAGAGCUUGUUGUUUACUCACUUUGAACAGAUGCGAACCGUUUCGGUAA